AUGUUGAACCAACAACCGGACAUUGCUUCCAAUGCAUCGGGAACCGAUAAUUUCACCAAAUGGCCCUGGCACUCGAUCUACAUGCAAUCCGUCACCGAUCGCUACGAUGACCAGAGCAAAUUAACUCCAGCUUUGGGAUUCCAUGACAUGAAAACCAAGGAGAUCAUCGGAAGAACCCAUCUCACCGGCACCACACACCACCCUUGGGGUCUACCAAACAAAACCUAUGAGAGAAUCCUCGGCUCGGAAAACAGACAUAAUAACGAUUUAAACAAGUAUCUCAAUGCUGUGGGCUUUCAAGAUAAAUGGCUCACUGAGAUCAUUGAUAUUCUCGAAGAGAAAGGUGUUGCAAAUGAGACUCUAUUCGUUAUGGCAGGAGACCACGGUCUCUCACUACCUAAUGAUGGCGGUAUCACUCCAUACGAUAAUCCGCAUGUCGGCAGUUUCGCCGUUCCAAUCGUCCUCGCACACCCUCAACUUCCAGCUCUUGAGAUAUCUGCUCCAGUACUCAGCAAUCAGAUCGGACAAUCCCUUAUCCGUCCACUUAUCCAAGAGCAAGACGGUAUACAGGACUGGCAAUUUACAGUUAUGAAUACAGGUGGAUCAUGGCUCGCUGUUCGCUCUGCAGCAAAACCACAAUUCAGACUGGUUAUCCCGCUCGUGAACGAUGUGGAAUGGCGAUUCUCAGAUCUGAGUACCGAUCCUCAGGAAUUGGAGCCUGUUGUUAGGUUCGAUCUUGCGGAUUUGGCUGUGGUAAUUCGUAAACGUUAUGGCGAGAAGGUCUUGCAUUGGCUUUACGACGCUGCUUAUGUGUCGAAUUGGUGGAUUGAACAAAAUUGGAAACGAUAUGGAUUUCACCCUAAGGAUUACUGA